CAACAAUGAGCGCAUCAAAACAAGUAAUCCUCCGCGUCACCGAAAGCGAACUGAACUGCCAAGAUCCAUACGAAUUCGUCCGUUUUUACUUCAUAAAGUUCCCCUCGAAUGCAUCAUCAGACUCAAGUCGCCAUUUCAUUCACUACCAACCACCGAGUGAUAUUCCCGGCGCCAAGGUCCACAUUGUCAUCGAUCUGGAGACACCGGAUUUUGCGGGGACUCUUGCGGAACCUCCUUCGUGAGAUUCGAUAGUGAUGGGUUUUACCCUGGGGGAGAAAGCA